CCUCGUCGCCGUCCGAUCAAUCAGUUAGAACUUGAUCGAAAGUCCAAGCAAACAAAUCACCAAGCACCAUGAAAUUCUUCAUUGUUUUCUUCGCCUUGAUCGUGGCUGUCUUCGCCGCCGGAUACGGCCAGCAGGGUGGACAUGGCCAGCAGGGAGGACGUGGCCAGCAAGGAUUCGGCCAGCAGGGAGGACAUGGCCAGCAGGGUGGACGUGGCCAGGAAGGAUUCGGCCAGCAGGGUGGACAUGGCCAGCAAGGAUUCGGCCAGGGUGGACAUGGCCAGCAAGGAUUCGGCCAGCAGGGUGGUCAGGGACAUGGCGAUUCUGGAUUCAGCCAGGGCGGACAUGGCCAGGGACACAACCAGGGCGGACAUGGCGGACGCUACUAAACAUUGAUUAUUGAUUAAUAAAAUACAACAAAAAACCACACUAAGAAA